UCGGAUCGAAAGGUAGUUCUGGAUCCAACAGAGUACAACACUACCAAAAGCACCAUGCAGCUCUCCACUUUCCUGAUGACCUUCUUGCUGGUUUCCAUGCUCAUGUUGUUCAGCGCUCCGGCAACUGAAGCUACAUUCCUCCUCAUCGCCUGUUUGCUGCGGUCACCACUUUGCCCAUUCAUCACCACGACCACGGCUUCGAAAUGAUAAGGAUGCCGUCAAACCACUGAUAGCACCUUGGACACAUUUAGGAAAUAAAAUAAUUUUUUGUUGCAUUA